AUGGCCAAGAAGACGCAGCCGACGCCCGCGCCCCGUAGCCCGACCAAGAAGGGCGCGCCGGCGCCCAUGCCCAAGACCAAGACGACGUCGCUCAACGUCGAUGCGCCGCCCUAUGUGCCUGCGCUCGGCUGGAAGACGCCGCUGACUGACGACCUCAUCUGGACGGCCGGCCUGCCGUAUACGCCGGGCAGCGAGAAGCAGUCGGCCGACGGCUUUGUCAUCCUCGACCAAGUCGUCGACUACCGCGAAGUGCCGGACGAAGAGCUCUUUGACCCGGCGUACUACCCGUUCACGACACGGACCUGCAUGAACGAGCUCCUCGCCGAGCUCGAGAUCCUCGACAUGCAGGAAGAGCUCCACCGCAAGCUCUUUGACAAGUGUGUCUCGCUCCAGGAGAACCGCCGCAGCGUCGAGCCGAUGGUGCAAAACAUUUUGAAGCGCACGACCAAGACGGACAAUGCCUUGUACCAGACGCAAAAGGCCAACAAGUCGAUGCACUACAAGCUGACGCAUCAUGGCAAGAGCCCGCGCUUUAGCCGCCAGAUUUGCCAGCCGCGCGCGUCGUAUUAG